AUGCCUAAACCUCGCAGAAAAGUCCUGCGGAAGCCGUCACGGCCGAUUCAAUCGAAUGCGGCUAUUCAAAAACUUCUAGAUGUGCAAUCGGAACGCAAAAGAUCAACUUCGUGGUCCGAGGCAGACGUGGACGAUGAAGAGUGGGGGGUUGCACCGCCGCACCCGGACGGCCAGUCUGAUGAAGAACCAGGUGAAGCUGGCGAAGACGGAGAACCAGAGUGGACGAAGGAUGCUGGGUUGGACUCCAAUCUGGGCACCUUAGGCAACUUUUACGGUCAAAAGCCUCGAUACGCGGUCAUAUUCAAGGGCGCAAUGAUGUCAUUCACCUCUCGCUUUCAUGCCAAUUUGGAUCUCAUCAUGUCUCUGAAGUUGUACCCCAAAAAUUCCACGGUUCCCGAGCGACCAUUGGAAGCCUGGCAGCUCAAUGAAAACGAGGUCCUUGUCUCGUUCACCCCGGAAGGCUACGCUGAAAUUCUCGGCGUGCGUGUUAUAAGACUAGGCCUGGCCGCCUAUCAUAUUAUUCCUAUUCGGGUCACUGCUAAUGCCCUGGUUGUUCGUUUGGCAACUAUGGAGUAUGCAGAUGAAAUCGACGUCGGUGAAGACGACCCCAGAGACCCGCUGGUCGCGGCAUCGUUGGUACCAGGUCUCCGCAGAUCAGAGUACACGCAGGUCAUCAACAAACAAAUGUACUACGGCUAUUGCAACCAAUACAAUGAUCCUAAUGCAUUCAAGGGCCUGGAGGAUGUUUUGGCCAGGUACAAAACAUGCUAG